GGCACCGACGGGCGCAUGGACAGGCGGCCAGCGCGACCGGCCGGGUGCUGGCCAUUCAGGCCCGAAAGCGGAGGCCGAAAAGAGAGAAACAUCCGAAAAAAUCUAUUUAUUAAUUUGAAAGACAGAGACAGAGAAAUCUUCCAUCUGCUGGUUCACUCCCCAGAUGGCUGCAAUGUCUCGAGCUGGGCUGAUCUGAAGACAGGAGCCAGGAGCUGCUUGUGGGUCUCCUGCAUGGGUGCAGAGGCCCAAGCACUUGGGCUGCCUUCCACUGUUUUCCCAGAAAUCAAGCAGAAGAUUGAGCUGCUGAUGUCAGUUAACUCUGAGAAGUCGUCCUCUUCAGAAAGUUCCUUGAUGAAAGUCUUGAAGCUGUUCAUCUCACUUGCUUGGGUGUGGUAUUUCCCGCCUGGUGCCUGUGGCAUUUCUCUUGGCUCCUGUUGGCCGGAGCCUCAGCAGAAAGCUCCUUUAGUUCCUCCGCCGCCGCCACCACCACCACCUCCGCCACCUCUGCCAGACCCCACCCCCCCAGAGCCAGAGGAAGAGAUCCUGGGAUCAGACGAUGAGGAGCAAGAGGACCCCGCAGACUACUGCAAAGGUGGCUACCAUCCAGUGAAAAUUGGAGACCUCUUCAAUGGCCGUUAUCAUGUCAUUAGGAAGCUAGGAUGGGGGCACUUCUCUACUGUCUGGCUGUGUUGGGAUAUGCAGGGGAAAAGAUUUGUUGCUAUGAAAGUUGUAAAAAGUGCCCAGCAUUAUACAGAAACAGCCUUGGAUGAAAUAAAAUUGCUCAAAUGUGUUCGAGAAAGUGAUCCCAGUGACCCAAACAAAGACAUGGUGGUCCAGCUCAUCGAUGACUUCAAGAUUUCAGGCAUGAAUGGAAUACAUGUCUGCAUGGUGUUCGAAGUGCUUGGCCACCAUCUCCUCAAGUGGAUCAUCAAGUCCAACUAUCAAGGCCUCCCGGUACGCUGUGUGAAGAGUAUCAUUCGGCAGGUCCUUCAAGGGUUAGAUUAUCUGCACAGUAAAUGCAAGAUCAUUCACACUGACAUAAAGCCGGAAAACAUCCUGAUGUGUGUGGAUGACGCCUAUGUGAGAAGAAUGGCCGCCGAGGCCACUGAAUGGCAGAAAGCAGGUGCUCCCCCUCCUUCAGGGUCUGCAGUGAGUACGGCUCCACAGCAAAAACCUAUAGGAAAAAUAUCUAAAAACAAAAAGAAAAAGCUGAAAAAGAAGCAGAAGAGGCAGGCAGAAUUAUUGGAAAAACGCCUGCAGGAGAUAGAAGAACUGGAGCGUGAAGCUGAAAGGAAAAUAAUAGAAGAAAACAUCACCUCAGCUGUACCGUCCAACGAGCAAGAUGGUGAAUACCGCCCAGAAGGGAAACUAAAAGCGGCAGGGCUGGAGGAGACCGCCGAGGAGGAGACCGCAAAGGACAGCGGUGACGCCGAGGACCAAGAUGAGAAAGAAGAUGCCGAGAAAGAAAACAUUGAGAAAGAUGAAGAUGAUGUUGAACAGGAACUUGCGAACCUAGAUCCCACCUGGAUAGAAUCCCCAAAAACCAAUGGCCAUAUAGAGAAUGGCCCCUUCUCACUGGAACAGCAGCUGGAGGAAGAAGAGGAUGAUGAAGAUGACUGCCCAAAUCCUGAGGAGUAUAACCCUGAUGAGCCAAAUGCAGAAAGUGAUUACACGUAUAGCAGCUCCUACGAACAGUUCAAUGGUGAAUUGCCAAAUGGACGACAUAAAAUUCCCGAGUCACAGUUUCCCGAGUUUUCUACUUCUCUCUUCUCGGGGUCCUUAGAACCUGUGGCCUGCGGCUCUGUGCUGUCCGAGGGAUCACCACUGACCGAGCAAGAGGAAAGCAGUCCAUCCCAUGACAGAAGCAGGACCGUUUCAGCCUCUAGUACUGGGGAUUUGCCAAAAACAAAAACCCGAGCAGCUGACUUGUUGGUGAACCCCCUGGAUCCUCGGAAUGCAGAUAAAAUUAGAGUAAAAAUUGCUGACCUGGGAAAUGCUUGUUGGGUGCAUAAACACUUCACAGAAGACAUCCAGACGCGGCAGUAUAGGUCCAUAGAGGUUUUGAUAGGCGCAGGUUACAGUACACCUGCUGACAUUUGGAGUACGGCGUGCAUGGCAUUUGAGCUGGCAACAGGAGAUUAUUUGUUCGAACCACAUUCUGGGGAGGACUAUUCCAGAGAUGAAGACCACAUAGCCCACAUCAUAGAGCUGCUAGGCAGUAUCCCAAGGCACUUUGCUCUAUCUGGAAAGUAUUCUCGGGAAUUCUUCAAUCGCAGAGAUCACAUAGCAUUGAUCAUUGAACUGCUGGGGAAAGUCCCUCGAAAAUACGCUAUGUUGGGGAAAUAUUCCAAGGAGUUUUUCACCAGAAAAGGAGAGCUGCGGCACAUCACCAAGCUGAAGCCCUGGAGCCUGUUUGAUGUCCUUGUGGAAAAGUAUGGCUGGCCCCACGAAGACGCUGCGCAGUUCACAGAUUUCCUCAUCCCCAUGCUAGAAAUGGUUCCAGAGAAGCGAGCCUCUGCUGGCGAAUGCCUUCGGCAUCCGUGGUUGAAUUCUUAGCAGAUUCUACAAAUCCAGCAUUCUGUGCUAGCACAUGUUUUCCAGUGCAUUGGACCUAAACGGGGACUCUCAUUCUUUAACAGGAUUGCAAGUGAGCUGGCUUCAUCCUCAGACCUUUAUUUUGCUUUGAGGUACUGUUGUUUGACAUUUUGCUUUCUGUGCACUGUGGUCCUGGGGAAGGGUAGUCUUUUGUCUUCAGCUAAGUAGUUCACUGACCACUCUCUUCUGGAAACAAUAACAUGUCUCUAAGCAUUGUUUCUUGUGUUGUGUGACAUUCAAAUGUCAUUUUUUUGAACGAAAAAUACUUUCUCCUUUGUGUUUUGGCAGGUUUUGUAACUAUUUAUGAAGAAAUAUUUUAGCUGAGUACUAUAUAAUUUACAAUCUUAAGACAUUAUCAAGUUGGAACCAAGAAAUAGCAAGGAAAUGUACCAUUUUACCUAAUUCUGGCAGAGGGACGUCAUUCCUGUAUGAUAGUGCAUGUGAAUGCGCUCUGUGAAUGUGAACUCCCACCAGGUGUGGGACGAGGACUCAAGUGCAGAACAGCUCCAAGUCUCGAGUGCUUUACAGCCUGAGCCGCAUGCGGCAGAUUUUACUGCUCCGAGGAGCUGUGCAGACUUUUCAUUCCCUAACAGUCCGUUCAUGUUGGACUCGAAACGAAGUGGCUCUGGUUUACAAGGUGUCACUCCCCAUAUGGCACCUUAAGGAAGGAAAAGACAUGCUUCUCGUUCUAAAAUAUGCAUUAUGAUUUAGCAGUCCCAUUUGUAUUUUUUGCAUAUUUCUAAAAGUACCUUUAAAGGAAAAGGGUGAUUUCCCUUUAAAAAUGUGAUGACUGGGUACUAUGUGGUAUUGCCUCCUCCAAACACUGUUAAGUUAAAUACAUAGAUUAAAUUGGACAAGAGAAACAUGUUUGGUGUGUGGAAUGGAAAAAAAAAAAAAGAAGCCUCUGUUUUUUCGAAAAGCUUGGUCGUGUUUGUCUAGCACACGAGGUAUGGGGUUUAGAGUUUGCAGUGCAGUGGGCAGAACGCUCCUCACAGCUCGGAGGUGACAGUGGUCACGCGCAUUCUGUGGCUAGAACAAACUGUACGCGGUUGCUCAUUGCCUUUCCAUGAACGGAGUGGAGAACAUGAUUUUCCCUUUGCAGGUUGCACACAGUAGUGUCUAUGCAUUUCCUCAAGAUCAGUUGUAGAAUCCAGGACACAAACCAUAGUAGGCAAUACGAUUUUAGAAUGUAACAUAUGAGGUAUGUUUAGCCUCUUUUAGAAGUCAGUGGAGUGAAUGUCUCUUUAUUUUAAAUUUUACAUUCUUAAGGUGCCUCGUUUUUCUUGACUUUGUCCAUUAACUUUUACCCAUAUGCCUUUGCAAUAACUAGAUUGUGAAAAGCUAACAAGUGUUGUAACAAUAACCCAUUGUUUGAGGUGCUUGCAGUUGUCUUAAAAAUUAAAGUGUUUUGGUUUUUUUUCCAGCCAUUGCCUUGAUCAUUGCCCUAUAUUUGAAGUGAUAAAAUCAUCAUGACUUUCUACCAGGGUAGUGGCAUCAAAACUAAAGGAAGUAGCAACAUUGCUGUCACAGCAAAUACAGUGCAGAACAUGCAUUAAGGCUUAUCAUUAGGGAAUAAAACCGAAGUUUUGUUAUGGGCAGAAGUGUUCUGGGGAAGAUGGCUACAGUAUAGGUUCAUUACCUAGAAUUUCAAGUGAUCCUUUCUCAUCUUUCAUCAAAAACAUAGUAACUGCAUUCUAUUUGAACAUCUCAGACUUUCGUUUUUGAAGAACAGCAUUCACCAUGAGAGAACAAGACACAUAAUCCUCUAAGGAAUUAGCUCUAGCACAUGCCACCAUGAGGUAGAGUGUAUCACCCAUCCGUGUAAUGUGCAUGGACAGUUUGUCUAAUAAGGCUUUAGGUUACCUUUUAGAUUGUGUGACACAUGGUAGCUGUGGACCAGUGAGGCUAUCCACGAUUUCCAUAGGAAACAUUUUUACAAGAACCACAGACUAUGUAUGUCUUCCCUAUGUCUGCAAGAAUUUUUACCAGGAUAGUAGUGCACUUGAAUGAAAUUUUUUCUAAUACAGGUUUUAGCGUACAUUGGAAAAUAAACUAGCUUAAUUAUGAAUUUUGAGGGGGCAUCCUUUCAGGUGAAAACAGCCUCAUCAACAGUGUAAGAACAAUUGUUCUAGAAGGACUACACAUUUGUGUUAGGUCUGGUCUGGUGGUUGGUUGAUGAGGAAUGCAUAUGAGCUAAUUGAGAACUGAUGGCUCUGCAGCUCAGAGCAGUUUCAUUUGAAUCUUGUGUUGUGUCUUUUGAGUCCAUGUGAAGUCUUCAUAGAAAAUGACAAGCUGUAGAUGAUGUAUGUGAUUAUAGUGGAUUCGGAGGCUGGCUGGCUGGAAGUUGGCAGAGCAGCCACCCAAAGGCAGAGUAAAAGUAUACGAUCUUCAGGAAGACAGAGAUGCUUUUCAGGUGAAAACUGAUUUGUUUCUUCCUGUACCUGGACCAUACAGGAUAAAGAAAGGAAACUUUUUUACAGGAGUACAGACCUUCAGCUUGUAUUGAUAAUUAUUUCUUAAAUUCCACUUUUCCCUCCCAUUUAAAAAUAAUUCUAAAGAAAAUUUGGUAGGUGACAGCAUUUGAGAGUAAAAAAUAAGAUUUUGCAGUUUACACAAAAGCUUUUGAAUACAUUAAUGUACGUAGUAGCAGAAUUAAAAACUGAGCAAUUAAAAAUUGUUAGAAAGUUGGUCUUCUCAAAGAGGUGAAUUUUGAAAAAGCUACCAGAUGUGUGAUGUGAAGGCAUUUCUUUUCAGACAAACAUGUCAGAGCAUCCCGUAGUGAUUGCUGAGUGGAAUUGUGUGUGACAUGGCAAGGACGGCACACUUAACCAGUGUUCUUCUAAGAUGUGAAGCUCAUUUGGGCCCUACUGUGCCGUGUGCGUGCACCGUCGUUAGCUAAUUCUCAAAAGGAAAUGGAAAUUAAGUGAAAGUAUAAAACACAACUUAAAAUACUACCAGAUCUCAUUCAGUCAUUUUUAAGUUUACUUUUUUUUUUUUUUUUUUUUGAUGCAGAAAAUUUGUAUACUGUGCCAAUGAAAACUCUGUUGACAGUCAUUACUGUUGGAUAUACUGUAGUCCUUCUGAGAGGUAGAAGACAAAGGCUGGGAAUUUUUUUUUAUUUUUCCAAUACUAUAACUAGCAUUUUCUAUUUCAGCAAUAAAAUACUCACUUUAGAGGUCAUUUUCAUUUCACUUGAAUGCUAAGAACAAUGCCUUUUUCCUUAAUUUUAUACACCCUAGACAAAUUUAAGGAAAGAUAACUUCCCACGAAUUUUUUUAAAAAAAACUAUAGAUGCUAAUGUUAAGGUCUUUAAGUCAUUUCCAAUCACUAGGUCCCUUCUGUAUUCUUGUGUUUUAGGCAAAACUCUUCAUAUUUCAAAACAGUUGUAAAUUGCAGUCUAUCACUGUUAUCGUGUAUAAUGCGUUAAUGGUCUGGAUUAAUUUUGUUGAUGUCAAAAUUCUUAGUAAAUUUACACAGCAUGACCAAGUAGUUUUCCUGUGGCUCUUGCUCCUGCAAAAAUGUCAAGUAGGAACCAUUACAGGAACAAUCUUAUUGCUUCUAGCUACCAUCCAACCGAGGUAGUAGUUGCUAAAGAAAAUUGAAGGCUCCUUACAAAUUGUAUUUGGAAUCUUUUGUAAAAACACUUGAACAGACCUCAGUCUUAGAACUUGUACAGAACAAUUUGGUAAAACUGACAUAAUUGUGAUUUAUUAACAUGAAUUAAAAUGCCCAACCAGUGCUUCAAUGUGACAGUAUAUUUAAAAUAAAAAAAAAGGAAAUUAAAGGUCAUGUACUGUACUACUUUCACAAAGAUCACACAGUUUUGCAAGACUUGUCAUAUGUACAAUGCUGUAUACGAAAGGAGAAAAGCUGUAAGCAGUUACAUGCGCAGGAGAGACGCAGUAUUUACAGUCUUUCAGGAGACAAUAGAAAUCGUCUGUACAGUAAAUUACAUUUUGCUUGCAAAUAACCAGUAAAACAAAAUGAGCCAUGUCCACACCAAACUAUAAAAAUCUGUAUUGCGUUUUUAUACCUAAGAUGCACCCACAGAACUGCUGACAGAAAAAAAAAAAAGUCCUCAUAGUGCCAUUACUUA